AAAAGAUCAGAUGAAAAUAUAAAAAAAAAAAAAGAAAUAAAAAUACUAGAAUAGUGAAAUAACCAUUUAUAUAUUGGUUUAUCUCACAGUUUGUGAAACGUCUAUACGCAUCUUAAUAUAUAGAGAUAUAUUAGUGUUAACAGAACAUCUGGUUUUAAGUAUACAACGUUCUACUUUUUCCAGCGUCUCUUACUGAUAUUGAUUCUUGUAAUUCACUUAUACGUUUCAGUUUGCCGGUAUGCCUGAUCCUCCCAAAAAACUGACCCAACCCAGGAUGAAGGGUCUUCUACAAAGGCAAAUUAUGUUUAAUGUUGGAACUGCCAUUACUCUUGGUGUAAUAACAGGAGUCCUAUUUAGAUUGUUCAUUUGUGAUGUGCGGAAAAAGAAAUUUGAAGACUAUUACAGGGAGUUCGACCCAGAAGAUGAUAUUACGAAAAUGUUGAAAAUGGGUGCCGACUUUCAGAGUUGCCCUGAUUUCCGUUAGACCAAUUUAAAUCUACAUCAGCAAGUCUUUUAGCUGUCAUAUAAUGACAUAGUUAAUUUAGUAAAAAAAUUAGGAAUGUUGUAGUAUAGGAAAGAAAAUUAUGGAACAACUAAUUAUUUUGUUUAGAUUAUUUAUUUGAUUUGUUAUUAUAAAUAAAAUAUGAUACGUAACUUA